CUCCCAUGAUUCAUAGCAUUUGUUGUAUUCCUGUUAGGCGGCCAGUUCAAGUUGCCAUAGCAGAGGAUGGCGGUGUCUUACAUUGAUCACCUAAGAUAACCAUCAAACCGCUGGGUACACGAGUAGGGGUAUUUUUAUCCAUUGGUUCAUGUCAGCAUGGACUCCUCCAGUGAAUCUGACACCUAUGACAGACCCAGGGGGCAUCGAUCGCGGGUCAAAGAGAGACGAAUAAGGCCUGACAGCAGGUUUCCUAGGGAUACGCAUGUAUCAGACAUAUCAGACAAAAUUGACACUUUAGCAAACACUCUACAGGAUACAAGCCGAAAUCUAAACAAAGUGGAUCAGAUGUUGGGGCAGUAUAAGGAACACACAGACGACCAAGCUGAAACCAUGGCGACGCUGAGGGAGAGCUUAGAGGAGUCCAUCCAGCAUCUGCAGGGGCAGCGGCUGAGGAGGACCACCGGUGGGUGGAGCGCCUCCCUCUCCACACUGCACACCAGUGACUUGGAAGAUGGCAGCGCCUCAGAUAGGAGGCACUACCUCCCCACGUCCCCUUUGAGAGAUUAUGGGAGUGUGGACACAGGUAACAGAAGACGGUCUAGAUCUGUCGCAGUGCAUUUCAGAGACUCCGCUCAAGCUGAAGAGCAGGUUCACUCAAUACAUCAGUCCCUAAGAGACCUGCGGAGUGAUCAGCUUCGGAUGGGUGAUGACAUUGAUAGAGAGAUCAGCAGAAGAAACAGGACUGACAUAGAAACCAAAAAGACAUUGGAGAAUCUUGUAGGCCACAUACAAGCACCACAGAGAGAAGAACCCGUCUCGUUACGGGUGGAGAGACGUCUACAAGAGAUUGAGGAUGAGAUGCACCCAGGGCGGCAGAUGCUUUCUAAAAAAUAUCACAGAGAGAAACCAAAAAAGCAUGUCUGGAGAACCACAGGAGGUGAUGAUACACAGUGCAACUCAGUGUUGUUUCAAAUUGCCCAUUACAGACCUAAAUCUCUUAUUGACAUUAUUUUGUUUUAUGAUAGCAGGGAGAAAUCAGUGUUAAAACCAGUGAUUUGGCUCAAACUUCAGAGCAGGUUCAUGCUGUUCUCCUACCAGCAGGGGGCAGCUUUGAGAAGACAUGACACCCAAACCCUGGAGGCUGAUGAGACCUUCAGAAAUAGACUGCAGAGAUCAGAGAAUGAGAGAAGCAAGAUGCAGCAGGAAUUGGAGAGACUCAGAAAGCAGCUGGAACAAUCAGAAGGUGGACGAGACACCCUUCUCAAUCAGAUGGAUCGCAUGCGUUCUCAGCUUCUGAGGAUGGAGCAGGAUCGUGUAGAUUUGCAGAGGGAGUUGUCUUUACUCUCAUCUCAGCAGAGAAGUGCAAGGAGACCGCAGGAGAGAGGGGUCACAAGCUUUGACAGUGGAUGCACAGACCUGGAGAGAGAGAUUGAAGAACUGCGGGUGCAGCUGGGUAGAAUCAGUGUUUCUAGUGAGAUGGAAGAACUGAAAAAAUGCGUAGAACGCAAAGAGAGAGAGAAAACUCAGCUCGCUUUCCAGGUUGAGGCGCUUUCUGCAGAUCUGCAGCGGCGUGAGCAGCAGCAGUUGAAGAUGUUGGCCCAACUAAAGGAGAUCCAGUCUCGUUCAGAAGACAACGGGUCAGAAUGUGCCCGUCUGGAGGCCCAGCUUAUGGAGAGCGAGAGAAGGAGAGAGGAGCUGCACUCUAAAGCUCAGGUAGCAGUCCGACAGUGGAAGACUAAGUGCAAGAGACUUGAGCGAGAGCUUCAGGAACUAAAGGAGGAAUGCAGAAACAACACUGAUAAAUGGAGCAAAGAGAGAGAAGGUGUUCUUAGCCAGCAAGCAGAGGGUGCACGCCGACAGCUCGCUGAUGCCCUCGAACGUCUCGCUCAGCGUGAAGAGGAUGUACGCCGCUGUGAUGUGGAUAUUGCUGAAGCUCGUUCACAGCUUGUCACUUUAGAACUUGAGCUCCGAGAGGCUCGGGAAAGCUUGAGACGACACGAAGAGGAGGCCCAGAAUCAGAUCUCCUUACAGGUCCAUAUAAGAGAGGAAAACAUCAGGCUGAAGGAGCGUGUGGAGCUCCAGGAGCGGAGGAGAGAGGAGGAGCAGAGAUCUCUGCUUGAUCUCCAGGGCUCUGUCAAGAACCUGAGCACUGUGAGAGCUGACCUCACUGCCAGACUGGCUGAGGUAGAGAGCUCCAAGAGGGAUCUAGAAAAGCAGCUCACUGCAGCUCAGGAAGAGAGCUCCUCUUUUGGACGACAGCUGGAACUGGAGAGGCAGGUGCAUCAGAAGGAGCUGAGCCACCUCCGAACAACACAGCAAGAAUGCAAAGCAAAACAGGACAGAGACGUACACGACAUGCUGAGAUUAUACCAGCGGGAGCGAGAAGAACUGGAGGCUCUCGUCAGAGACCUUAAGUUGGAGGCAGUGGCGGAUAGUGAGCUGAGGAGAGCUCUGCAGCUGAAGCUGGACAAAAUGAAGACUGAAUGUGAUAAACUGACAGAGCAGCUGAGCUUCAGCAAGGAGAGUCACGCUCAGCUCCUCCGCAGAUACCACGCCCUCAGAAAAGAGCUGGAUGUAAAGGUGAAUUUAGCAGAGAAGGAGGAGGAGAGGCGGCAGACUGCAGAACACUCCAUGGCGGAGCUGCGUGAUAGGGUCACGGGCCUCCAGACAGAACAGGAGUCCAUCCUCCAUGCCGUAGGAGCUCAAAUUGACUCAGCCUGCCAGUUCUUGUCAAAAGACUCAGCCGCCAAGCUUGAAGUACCCAUAAACACACACACUACAGUACACUACAAAAAAAAAUUGCUUUACUAUAGAAAAAGCUGCAUCUAAAUUUGUGUAGAGUAUGUACUGUUUUUUAUAAAGAACUUUUUGACUUAUAAAGUAUGUGUGGUGUGAAUGCAAUCUUGACAUGCUACAAACUAGAGAUACACCGAUUGCAAUUUUCUUGGCCAAUUCCAAAUUUCCGAUUUUUUGUUAGUGAGAUUGUCCGAUACCGAUUUUUUGCAGAUUCUGAUUUUCUUUCUAAGAACUAUAAUUGACAACAUAUACAAACAAAAAUCUACUUUUCUUCAAUGCAAAGUUUUAUUUU